ACACGCUAUUCGUGCUCUUCUUCUUCUUCUUCUUCUUCUCUGCUUGUUCUCUUUGCGGGGAAUUCUAGAUCUUGAUCGAUAGAAGGGCUUGGAGAUGGAGCUCAAGCCGGGCAUGUCCGCUCUCGUUACUGGUGGAGCUUCCGGGAUUGGUAAAGCACUUUGUUUUGCUCUUGCAAAAGAAGGUAUACAUGUCACAGUUGUUGACUACUCUGAAGGGGAAGGACAAGAAGUGACAUUUUUAAUUGGAAAAGAGAUCGAAAAGUUCUAUCCAGGACUUAAAUUUCCAUCUUCUAUUUUUGUUAAGUGUGAUGUUACUAAUGCUGGAGACAUUGCUGCUGCUUUCAAGAAACACUUGGAGACAUACGGAGGACUAGAUAUCUGUAUUAACAAUGCUGGGAUCGGUACUAGUGUGCUAUUUCAUAAAGAUGAAUCUGAUGGUAAUAGCACAUGGAGGCGUACUGUAGAUGUAAAUUUGAUUGCUGUUAUUGACUGCACACGCCAUGCGAUUAAAGCAAUGCGGUCAACAAAAAAGCAUGGUGUGAUAAUAAAUCUUGGGUCCGGCUCAUCCUUUAGUCCGUUGUAUACUGACCCUGUCUACUCUGCAACCAAAGGAGGUGUUGUUAUGCUCACAAGAUCACUUUAUUCAUUAAUUCGUGAAGGCAUUCGUGUAACUGCACUUUGUCCUGAGUUUGUUCAAACAAAGUUGGGUUCAACUGUAAGCCCUCGAUUAAUAGAGUCGCUUGGGGGCUUCAUAAACAUGGAGACGGUUGUUGAUGGUGCAUUUAAGCUUAUAAAAGAUGAGAGCAAGGCUGGUGCUUGUCUAUUUAUCAGUAAUCGUAAAGGCAUGGAAUAUAUCCCUGCUGUGAUUGAAGGAAAAAGGGGCAUACUACCUUCUUAUAACGUAAAAGGAAGCUUCAUACAUCCUGGGGUUUCUAACCUUAACUUACCCCACAGUUAUGAGAAAAUAGUUGUACAUAGUCUAGAUCACAAUUUCCGGGCUGCUACAAAAAUUGUUCCAUCACAAUUGAGCUUGCCUAUCAAACCUGGAUGUGCCCUUGUGAAAGUUUUAUAUGCCGGUGUCAAUGCCAGUGAUGUAAACUUCAGCUCUGGCCGCUAUUUCAGUGGUGGCAAGGCAGACAUUACCCAGCGCCUUCCAUUUGAUGCAGGCUUUGAGGCUGUCGGCCUUAUUGCUGCUGUAGGUGAGUCAGUCCAUUUAAAAGUUGGGACCCCUGUUGCACUUAUGACUUUUGGAAGCUAUGCUGAAUUCACUGUGGUUCCUGCAAAACAUCUGCUUCCUGUUCCAAGGCCUGACCCGGAAGUUGUGGCAAUGCUCACAUCUGGUUUGACAGCAUCAAUAGCAUUAGAAAGAGCAGGACAGAUGGAAUCUGGACAAGUAGUGCUAGUUACAGCAGCUGCAGGAGGAACUGGACAAUUUGCUGUUCAGCUUGCGAGAUUGGCAGGAAAUAAGGUAGUUGCUACAUGUGGAGGUGAAAGCAAGGCUUCGCUGUUGAAGUCCUUGGGAGUGGAUUGUGUAAUUGAUUACAGAAAGGAAAACAUAAAAGCUGUGUUGAAGAAAGAAUUCCCCAAAGGAGUUGAUAUUAUUUAUGAAUCUGUUGGUGGAGAAAUGUUUGAUCUGUGUUUAAAUGCUUUGGCGGUAUAUGGACGACUCAUCGUAAUCGGAAUGAUAUCACAGUAUCAAGGAGAACAUGGGUGGGAACCCCGGAAUUAUACUGGCUUGUGUGAGAAGAUUCUUGCGAAGAGUCAAACUGUGGCUGGAUUUUUCCUUGUUCAAUAUGCUCACCUCUGGCAACAACAUUUGAAUAAGCUAUUUGAUCUCUUCUCCACUGGAAAACUCAAGGUUUCAGUGGAUCCAAAAAAAUUUCUGGGUCUCAAAUCAGUAGCAGAUGCAGUUGAGUAUCUCCAUUCUGGUCAAAGCCUGGGCAAGGUGGUUGUAUGCAUUGAUCCAGCAUUUUGCCAUCAGUCAUCAAAACUAUAAAAAGUGCAACUCAAUCAUCAGCAAGUAUACAAAAAAAGAAAACCACUGUUACUGUACUUUCAAGCAGAAUAAUAAUUGUCUAAAUCAUGUUCAGGAAAGCUUGUGAUUUUAAGCCAUGAUACCAAAGACCUCUUUUUAUAGUGUUUGAUGUUCUGUUUCUAAUUGGUGAGAUGAUGAAAAUUUGGUGAUACUUGGAGCUCCAAGUAUAUUAAUUAAAUGAUUUAUGGGCUGUAUGGUGAUUUGUGUAGGGACUAUCACUUAUUUUUUAUUAUUA